UGACGGGUGCAAGCUUGCGGGGCGAUGCUUCGGGCUGACAUUCAUCACGUCCACUCUGGACAGGUAACGUCAAUCUCUAGGCAGAACAUCUGCUUGUUUGUACCUAAUCUUUCCGAACGAGCUCCUCCUAAUCUUGGGUUGAGUUGCAGAAGCGUCGAUGUAGCAUGCUUUGAAGUUAUUUAGGGGCCUGAUUUGGGAUUAUGGUGUUUGAUGACGCGUAUCAGGUGAUAGGCUUCGUGGGAGGGUUGAUGUUUCCGCUCUCCACAGCCGCUCAGACGUACAAGGUCCUCAAGACCCGAUCAGCUACGGACAUUAGCUACGCCUGGCAGCUCAUUUUUGCCCUCGCGCAUCUCCUGUACCUUGUAUAUUCUAUUCAUUUCGGUUUAUGGGUCAUUUACGUCCCUCAAGCCCUAGAGAUUGUGCUGCUGAUUUUUAUGAUUGUAGCAAAAGUGUAUUUUGACAAUUUUGGGCCAAGAAGCAAGCUGACACGAGCCACGGGAAAGAGCGCGUCUACCACAGCGAUAUUGGAGGCUGAACGAGCUCCGGACACAUAGUUUUCUUCCGGCAAACCCUUCGGAACGGCACCUUCGUCUAUCACAAUUUUGACCUGAAUCUGCAUUUGAAGAACACCAUAAUACGGUAGCAUCUUCCAACUCCACUCCUAUUUGAGUUACACCAAAGUGUUUACCCUGCAAGGCCCCAAAUUCCUCAAAUGUUCAUGCGUGUCAAUCUUGGUCACAUGAUCACAUCACAUAAUUUCUUAAUGUACCCGAAGCGUUUUUUAUUCAGGCGACUUGAUUGUGUAGUGUACCGUAACAUCUUGAUGAGUGUAGCCCUGACAAGCAGCGCGGUGGGUCUGACGGGAUGGGGAAGUUGCUGACACGGCAUGAGAAUUUUUGGUAGGGUUGUUGGGCUUCGCGAAGAUCCCCAACGUGGCGAACGCUUCCCCUCUACGCCAUCACCGCGUUGCACGAAACAGAGAUCUGCCCGCCGCGAAGAAAGUUGUUCGAGAAGGUGACCGUUCACCCCUCCUUCCCUCCAAACCAGAGAUCAGAUAAAUCCAUAGACUGAAGCAAGAAAGCCUCGAAACGUUCAGUUCUGCUACCAGCCAGCCUCAUCCCAGCUCAUAUUCCUCCAGGAACUUCUGCUAGGGUUUGUCAUCGUCUUUAUCCAGAUUCCUCAGCGACCGCGACCUCCCUUCAGUUACCAAGUCUCUUCUUCCAUCCUUCGUUCAUGUCCGAUCUAGAACUCGAGGUUCCUGGGGCCUUCGACCCGUUUGCCGACGCGAAUGCUGCUGAUGAUCCUGGAGCUGGAACUAAGGACUACGUCCAUAUCCGUAUCCAGCAACGGAAUGGUCGUAAGAGCCUGACGACUGUUCAAGGCUUGAAUAAGGAGUUUAAUUACAACAAGAUUUUGAAAGAUUUCAAGAAGGAGUUUUGUUGCAACGGAACUGUCGUUCAAGACAUCGAACUGGGUCAGGUCAUUCAGCUCCAGGGCGACCAGCGGAAGAACGUUUCUCAGUUCCUCAUCCAGGCCGGUAUUGCGAAGAAGGACCUCAUAAAGAUGCAUGGUUUUUAAUCUGUGUCUAAUGAUGAGGGGCUUACAUGUUCCCCUGCAGAUAGGCCUACCAGCUCUUAGAGGUAGGCUGUGUCGGCAGGGGAAGGGUCUGCUGUCUAGAAUAGACAUGAGAUGGAGAUGUAGUGCGGAUUGGGAUCAAUGACCACAUAACCUGUGUAAUGCGCAUAUUUUCUACGUUCCAGGCUCAGUUUCUUAUCCAUAAGCGCA